AUGACAUCAUAUUUAAUCACUGGUGGACUCGGCUCCUUGGGUUCAGCCCUUAUUACGCAGCUCUAUAAAAACAACAAUAAUCGGAUUACUGUGCUUGACAAUCUCAGUGCACAUUCGGAUCUUUCACUGAUUCCACAACAUGUCCGAGACUCCGAACGUUUUACACUCGUCAUUGGUGAUACGAAAAACGAGCAACUCGUCCUGCACACGCUAAAGGGCAAAUCUGUUGACAUCAUUAUUGACUGCGCGAGUCGCGCCAGCAACGCCAUUGGUCAAUCGCCUGUUGCUGGAGCGCGGAAUGCCAUGCAAGGUUUGACGCACGUAUUGGAUGCCGUGCGU